UUCAGUAGAAAUUAUGUUAUAGACCAUAAAUUCCUAAAUCAACCGGCCGGCCCAACCAAAACCAAGACUCUCUCUCAGUCUCAAAUCUCAAUUCAUUAGUUCCACUUCUUCGUGAGAUUCAUACGCACAAACAGCAACGUUACUCCGCUAGGGUUCAUCAUUCUCUCAGUUCGUGGUUUCAUCGUUUAACGAAGAACCGUCGCCGUCCAUUAUUCAACCACAAAUCACCACCGAUAUUGAUUUUGUGAAGGUGUUGUCGGUAAAUAUUGUUUCUACUCAGCUCGCCGACAACUUCCGGAAUAAGAAGCCUGAGGAAAAUUAUUGGUGCGCGUUGGUAUAUUAAAGGAUAUGAAGUAGAAUUCGAUGGAGCGCGGCAAAAGUAGCUUGCAAGGAGUUGGAGUUCCUAGCUUGCAAGGAGUUGGAGUUCCUAGCGGAGUUGUAGAUCAAGGAGUGAGUCAAGGAGCAGCUGCUGGUACUGCACUCCCUCCACUUCGAAAAAGGAAACUUAAUGCUAGUGGUAGUAGAAAAACUUCUACGGUUUGGGAAGAGUUUAACAUUUUACCGGAUGAGCCUGAACCUAUAGCCGCGUGUAAACACUGUCAUAAAAGGUACCGAUGUGACCCUAAAACACAUGGUACUUCUAACAUGCUAGCUCACUCGAAAGUGUGUUACAAAAACCCUGCCCUUUUGUUGAAAGACCCCAAUCAGACAAACCUUGUAAGCGGCGAGGAUGGGUUUUUAGUUCCAACUAGUCAAAGGUUUAAUGCUGCAGCCUGUAGGAAGGCCAUUAAUACCUUUGUUAUCCUUGAUGAACAUUCCUUUAGAGUGGUUGAGGGUGUUGGUUUUAAGCAAAUGUGUAAACAAUUGCAACCCCAAAUGGCUAUCCCUACUAGGAGAACCGUUGCUAGGGAUUGUUUUCAGCUUUACCUAGCUGAAAAGUCACGUCUUAAAGCCUUUUUUAAAUCUGAUUGUACUAGGGUUGCACUAACCACAGACUGUUGGACUUCGAUACAAAACCUUAGUUAUAUGGCCACCACUGCACACUUCAUUGACACUGCUUGGAAGUACCAAAAAAAAAUUAUUAGUUUCUCUUUAGUUCCAAAUCACAAAGGUGAUACCAUUGACAUGAAAGUCGAGGACGUUUUGAGGGAAUGGGGGCUUAGGAAAGUGUCUACAAUUACCCUGGAUAACGCAACAGCAAAUGAUGUGGCUGUGAGUUAUUUGGAUAGAAGACUUAAGAGCAAGAAUGCUUUACUGGGUGUAGGUGAUUAUUUGCAUAUGAGGUGUGCUGCCCAUGUCUUGAACUUGGUAGUGAGAGAUGGUGAAAAAGAACAUGAAGGGUCUAUUGAAUCAGUUCGCACUGCUGUUAGGUUUGUAAGGUCUUCUCCACAAAGAGCUAUGAAGUUUAAGGAGUGUGUUGAACUUGCGGGCAUAACUUGUAAAAAAAAACUUUGUCUUGAUGUUUCUACAAGGUGGAAUUCCACUUACCUAAUGUUGGAUGCUGCUGAAAAGUUUGAAGCUGCAUUUGACAAUAUGAUUGAUGAGGAUCCUGGAUACAUCGAAUAUUUUGACCUCCUUACCGGUCCACCCGGUUCUCAGGAUUGGAAAAAAGUUAGGGCUUUUGUGGUUUUCUUACAAACCUUCUAUGAGGCAACCAAAGUGUUUUCAACUUCGCAAGAAGUGUCCUUGCAUUUAGCUUUUCAUAACUUGUCUUCAAUUUUGUGUGAGCUUCAAGAAGCUUCAUUUAACUUGAAUUCUUAUGUGGCUCCAAUGAUUUCACAUAUGAAGGUUAAAUAUGAUAAGUAUUGGGGGGAUGUAGGAAAAGUGAAUCCUUUUCUUUACUAUGGAGUGAUCUUUGAUCCUAGGUUUAAGUUUAACUAUAUUGAGUGGUCUUUUAAUGAUAUGUAUGGGCAUUCUAGUGACCUUGCCAAGAAAAAUAUUGAAUGUGUCAAAACUAGUUUGUUUAAACUAUAUAAUUGGCAUACACCUGAUCAUGAUAAGAAUGUUGGGGCUAGUCCUUUAAGUACACCAGGGAGCACUUCCCUUGGAGAAGCAUCUUCCCAACCAAAAGAACCAUCACCUUUUACAAGGGCUAAUGCUUUUAAGAAACAUCUGAAGGAAAAAGACACAAUUGAAAAUGAAAAUGAACUAGAGAACAACCUUGGUUCGGGAUGUGUUGGCAACACCUGUUUCUAG